AUGGAAGAAGAAAUCAAAACAAUUGAGAAAAAUAAAAUGUGGGAGCUCGUAGAUUGCCCACAAGACAAAGAGAUCAUUGGGGUUAAAUGGGUUUAUAAGACCAAAUUUAAUCAUAAUGGAUCAAUACAAAAGCAUAAGGCUAGGCUAGUAGCUAAAGGCUAUUCGCAGCAGCCGGGCAUAGACUACAACAAGACCUUUGCACCAAUUGCAAGACUUGACACUAUAAGAGCACUGAUAGCACUACAACCACAAGGAUUUAUUGAGCAAGGAGAAAAAGAUAAAGCACUCAAGCUAAAGAAAGCCUUGUACGGACUCAAGCAAGCGCCACGAGCAUGGAAUAGCUGCAUAGACAACUACUUCAUCAACGCAAACUUCAAGAGGAGCAAAAGCGAGCCUACUCUCUACACCAAAACUCAAGGUAACUCCGAUAUCUUGAUCGUCUCUCUAUAUGUGGAUGACAUCAUCUACAUUGAAAACAAUGAAGAAAUCAUUCACGAGUUCAAAAAGGAUAUGAUGGAAACAUUCGAGAUGAGUGACCUUGGGUUGAUGCACUACUUUUUGGGCAUUGAGAUAAACCAAGAAGAAGAUGGAAUCUACAUGUACAUUGAGAAUCUAUUGAAAAAUUUCAAGAUGUACGGAUGCAAGACUAUGGCUACUCCACUUAUCACCAAUGAGAAAUUAAGAAAGGAAGAUGGAUCAAGUAAAGCAGAUGAAUCAGUUUACAAAAGUCUCAUUGGGAGCUUACUAUAUUUGACAACAAUAAGACUCGACAUCAUGUACGCGAUAAGCUUACUAUCAAGAUUUAUGCAAAAUCCAAGCCAGAUACACUAUGGAGCAACAAAGAUAAUAUUAAGAUACUUGCAAGGCACAAUUGACUAUGGCCUAUGGUAUAAGCCUACUACAGAUUCAAGACUAUUUGGCUACACAAAAAGUGAUUGGGCUGGAUCAGUGGAUGACAUGAAAAGCACAUUAGGUUAUGCAUUUACAAUUGGGUCUGGUAUAUUUUCAUGGUCAUCAAGAAAACAAGAUACCGUGGCAUAA